UGGCUUUGAGUCUCCUGCUAGCUGAUUUAUUUAGUCAGCUAUUAUCUUAGAUUUAUUGAUAAACACUCAGUGUUGUUUGAAUAGGUAUAUAAAAUCAAGUUGAAGCUCUCAAGACCAGCUUUUCAAGUUUGAAGCUUCUUAUAUAAUAAGCUCCUGUGCUUAUAGACCAUGCAGUGUGAACCUAGCGUUGACUCUGAGAAGAUGGCCCUAGCGACCUUGACUGUGUGCCUUUUGGCCGCUAUUCAUGUUGUAGUCUCGGUGGAGGCCCCGAAGGCAGGACUUAACGACGGUAACAUGAUUCCAACUCUCGCUCUUGGCACGUAUUCCACAAAUGAAUCGGAUCGAGCCAACAUGCGACAGACUAUAAUCGACGCUAUAGAAGCCGGUUACAGGCACAUUGACACAGCGUCCCUUUACAAAAACGAGGAGGAGAUAGGACAGGGCAUCGCUGACGUCAUCAAGAAGGGCCUCGUCAAGAGAGAGGACUUGUUUAUCACCACUAAGCUGUGGAAUGAUAAGCAUGCGUUUGACCAAGUAGUGCCGGCUUUGAAGGAAUCCCUGAAGAGGCUGGGCUUGGACUAUGUUGACUUGUACCUCAUACACACCCCCGGCGCACAGAAAGCCGACGGUACCUUCGACAAUAUUGACUACUUGGACACCUGGCGAGGCAUGCAGGAAGCCAAGAAGCAGGGCCUAGCCAAGUCCAUCGGCGUCUCCAACUUCAACAGCGCACAGAUCCAGAGGAUCAUUGACAAUUCCGAAAUCGUGCCGGCUGUCAACGAAAUUGAGGUCCACCCGGCGUUGACUCAGGAGCGCUUGAUCUCCUUCUGCCAAGACAAAGGCAUCACAGUGAUGGCGUACAGUCCGUUCGGGUUCAUGGUCGCCAGGGACGUCCAGGACGCGCCCCCACCGAGGAUCGACGAGCCGGUCCUCGUCGACAUCGGCAAGAAGUACGGCAAGAGCACCAGCCAAGUUGUUCUCAGAUAUUUGAUCGACAGAGGAACUAUUCCCAUUCCAAAAUCGACCAACAAGAGCCGCUUGCAACAAAACAUCGACGUUUUCGACUUCAAAUUGACGCCAGAAGAGAUUGUCACCAUUAGCAAAUUCAACCAGAACCGACGUGUUUUAGACAACAGUGAUUGGAAAGACCAUCCCUACUACCCCUUCAACAUGGAUUAAAUUUUGGCCUAGUUUUAGGUUUUUGUCUGUGGGGCUUGUUGGUUUCUUAUUCAGCUUGAACUGAAGCAGCAGAAACAAAUAUUCAAAUUAAAUUACUCUCAAUAGUUAAAUGAAAUGUAAAAAGGGCCAAGUCAUAUUAGCCACAGCUAGCAGUCCACUGCUGGAUCUUCCUAAGAAUGAAACAUAGACCGAUUGCAAGCAGCUUUUGAGUAAUUUUGGCCAAUAUAUUCGAUCUCAUGAGCCAAUAUUUAGGCAAAUGUCUGAUUUAAAUAUUUUCGUCGCCAGCACCCCGCAGUAUUUUGGAUAUAUACGACGAAGUAUGUAUUCGUAUCUUUGUAGGUACCAUAGAUUAAAUGUUCGAAUUUUGUCGAUGCAAUAAUUUAUAUAAUGUACCUACAAGAUACAAAGGUGAAUAAAAAUAUUAUUCCUAAAUAA